AUGACCAAAGUCCGUCGCCGCAAUCGACGCGCCGAUGCUGCUCCGCCUCCUACUCUUGCAGCCAAGCGCUCCACUGCCAAAACGGCAUCUCCUGCCGCAGACACCCCGAACGAUGCUCUGACAGCGCACCACGUCGACUUGGAUGCCGAUGCCGCCGAUCAACUCGACCUGAACACCUUUAUUGACAUGACCACGCAUUCUGCCGAUCUCUUCUCCGCUCCACCUCCUUCCUCCGCUCUCCGCAAAUCCUCCCUCUCCUCCUCGAUCGACGACGACUUGGCCAUCCCCAUCUCGCAGGAGCACCAAUCCUCCGCGCCCCCUCCGGCACGCAACGUCGUCAACUUCCUCCGCAACAAGGCCGGGCUCAAAACGCGCGUCGGCGCCCUCAACGGCAAACGCGUCGACUACUUCAAAGGCUCUUCCGCCGUCAAAGCCCUUCUCUCCCCGGCCUACGCCAAACUCAAAGACGUCCCCAAAGUCACCUCCAAAGAAGAAGCCGAGCAGUGUUUGCACAACAUCAUCCCGUUCGCCUUUUUCCUUCGCGUCAAUCGCGGGUCGAGCACCGGUGGCAAGGACUCGCCGCGUGUGGUGGAGAUCAAUCCGCAACAGCUGUUCAAAAGCGACGAGCACUAUGUGUGGUUGUUCGAGGGCAGUCAGUUGGGGCUGAAGCUGGCUGGGUUGGGGAUGGUAGCGGUGAUGUUGGCCGGUGUGAUGUUUCCGCUGUGGCCGCCGACGAUGCGCUUGGGCGUGUGGUAUCUUAGCGUUGCGGCGCUGGGGUUGAUCGGUCUGUUCUUUGGCAUUGCGAUUGUGCGGUUGAUCUUCUGGUUGGCGACGGUGGUGGUUGUCAAGCCGGGUAUUUGGAUCUUCCCGAACCUGUUCGAGGAUGUUGGGUUUGUGGAUUCGUUCAUCCCGUUGUGGGCGUGGGAUGUGCCUCCGCCGCCGAAGAAGGCCAAGGCGGCCAAAGCUGCCGCAGGUGUGGCAGAGAAGAAGAAGGUCGGGGGGAGCGGGGCUGGUGCUCGUCAGCAGGCGUUGUCUGGACUAGGCGGUGCUGCACCCACUGCUCCGCCCAGCCCACCAAAGGCACCCCAGCAGGCCGCACAGUCCAGCCCGGCCGCGCAGAACGGUGGCGUCCACAAUCAGAGCUCUGGCAGCGGCGGACCGGGCGCUUCGGACAGUCUCGACGAUCUCAACUAG